GCAAAAUUGUUAAAAUAAUUAGUCUGCAGGACUCGAUACGGUAGUAGAUGCUCUAUCACGCCAACACGAAGAUGAACCCGGUGAGGCACAAGGGUUCUUACUAGCCUUGUUAGUCCGACAUUCUUCAUUCCUUCAAGCUGUCCGGGAUGAACGAUAGUCGAGCUCGGAAGGGCAACAAUUGAUCGAACACAUUCGUAAGGGCGAGGAAGGGUCACAAUGGCUUAUUCCUGAUGGGCUCGUCCAUUACAACAAUUGACUUUUUUUGCCCCCCAACCCUGCUCUAAUUCCAGCUGUAUUGAGAGACAUUCAUGAUACUACCCAUGAAAGCAUGCAAAAACACUGUUUUUCACUGGAACUGCCUCCCAACAGUCGUAUACAUGAUGUUUUUCACGUCUCUCUAUUGAAAAGAAUUUAAUCGUAAACCUCCAUCACACAUUGUUGCCAUACCUCUCCUUCAUGACGGUAAUGUUCUUCUUCAACCAAAAGACAUCUUAUGUUGUUGUCUAAAUCGAGGAAAGAAGCAGAUUUUAGUAGCAUGGGAAGGCUCGCAGAUUGAGGGUGCUACUUGGGAGGACUGCAGCGAGUUUACUCAGAUUUACCCACACUUCAAGCUUGAUGACAACAAGCUUUCUCUCCCGGUGGAGUGUAUUGAUACAUUCCUUGGUCAGACCUACCAACGUCGCAAAUAAUUAAAAUAAUUAGUACUGCUGUUUUAAUUCGUGUGUGAUAGUUAAAAUAAUUAGUGUUGUUGUUUUAAUUCGUGUGUGUUAGUUUUUUAAUCAUGGGUUAGUUGUUGGUUAUUUAAAACAAGUGCUUCAUGCACAUACUAGCAGUUUAAGAUCAUGGAUCCACUUUCCUAGUUUUUAGGAGUGGUUGUAACUUCCUAUCUCUAUUUAAGAGAAGGAUGAUUUGAAUAAAAAGGCUUUCAGAAAAUUGCCCAAUUAGUUUGGAGAACUCAACAACAUCUCCUGCUGCACUCUUAGAUAUAUGCAUUGUUCUUCUUCUGAAACUACUGAUCUGCCUCUCUCAACCCCUCCUGUCACACGAUUCCAAACCAGGGCCUAUAACAGUCCCAGUGUUCCACAAAUAGGUUUUAGGGCUUCUGGAUAAUUUAUUCCUUAGGACUAAAAACUGAUAAACUACAAAAAAACCUGCCUUAGAAAAUGCCAUGAGCACCUCAUGUCGUAUACCUUAACUGUCUGGGGCGUAAGCCUCUUACUUGCAUUAGGGGUGUAAGCCUUAGUACCUAUUUUGAAUGCCUCAGUGUGAGGCGCACCUUAAAAUGUGCCCUUAAGCACCUUGUCAAACCAUUGAUGUGAGGAUAUAAUUUGUUACAAUGAUGUAUUUUCUUUACAUUUCUUGCUUAACCUUGUCCAUCCGUAAAAUAAAAGGAAGCAUGGAUGGAGCAGAAAACUUGAAAAUGCAAAGUUUUUGCCACAAAUGAUGGAUUUGAUUUGGAUGAGGUUUGUGUACAUAUCAAACUGAAGGAGAAAUACAUUCGUUUUGUGAACCUGAUACCUUUUUGGACGCUUGACUACAUUAUGUUUUGGUGGUCCUGUGAGAUGCACACACCUUGUUUUCACUUUCUUUUUGUUGAGAAUGAGAACUCAUAUCUAUUCUGUCCCGCUAUUAGUGCGUUUUCUAAAGUUAUUCCUUCUAUUGCAGAAUCUAUUGAUGAUAAGUGUUGUUCGACUCACCUCAUUGACGGGGAUGGUAAUUUCAAUGUUGAAGGACUUGACAAGUUCAUUAAGAAUGUUAAACUGGCAGACUGUGGGCUUUCAUAUGCUGUUGUUUCAAUUAUGGGCCCACAAAGUAGUGGUAUGUCUUUCUUUUCAUCGUAGAAGAAUUUUAAGUGGUCGUCAUUGUACUCAAAUUUUCACCUAGUUCACAAAGGCUAGAAAAUACUUUCACAUUGUUCACAUGCAUUAACAAAAGAGUUUAAUAGUUAACUUGCCUCUUUUCGGAUCCUCUGACAGAGUCAUUUUUUGCAUCAGUACAGACGUACAGUUUAGUGGCACUAAUAACUGUGUCAAGCAUGUGCCAAUAUAUUUCUGGUGUAUGCUAUCCUCUAUUCUUAAAAUAUUUUGAUUGGUUUGGUAUUCUGAAUUUGGCAGGAAAGAGCACACUGUUAAAUAAUCUAUUUCAUACAAACUUCAGAGAGAUGGAUGCUUAUAAAGGAAGCAUGUAUUCAUGCACACUUUACCUUUUUCUUAUUUACUUUUUCAGUACAAAUAACUAAAAUUGAUUUUUUUAGAUCACAAACCACAAAAGGUAUUUGGAUGGCUAAAUGUGCCGGAAUUGAACCCUUCACCCUUGUAAUGGAUUUGGAGGGCACCGACGGAAGAGAGAGAGGAGAGGAUGACACGGCAUUUGAGAAGCAGAGUGCCUUAUGUGCCCUUGCUGUUUCUGAUAUAGUUCUAAUAAAUAUGUGGUGUCAUGAUAUUGGUCGUGAACAAGCUGCUAAUAAGCCUCUGCUGAAAACUGUUUUCCAGGUAAUAAGCAAACUGUUUUCAAGCGCUUCUGUUGAAAAUUGUGAGUAAGCUUUGCAUGUUGUUUCUAUAUUUUUCUUAACUUUUGGAGUUUUGGUGAAUCCACUUGGAGUUUUCAACAGAAACGCUUUCUCACAAUUUUCAAAAGUUAAGAAAAAUAUUUGCAUCAUUAAUUUCCCACAACGUAACAAUAAAUAAUGGCUGGUCGAGGUUGUUGCCCUUUCUAGUUAUGAGGAGAAAGAAGAACAUUUCAAAGCGCAGGUGGCUGAUCUAAGACAACGAUUCUUUCACUCUAUUGCACCUGGUGGGGUUGCUUGAGAUAGGCGGGGAGUUGUUCCAGCUUCUAGCUUUUUAUUUAGUGCACAUCAUAUAUGGAAUACGAUAAAAGAGAAUAAAGACCUUGACCUGCCUGCUCACAAGGUUAUGGUAGCAACUGUACGAUGUGAAGAAAUUGCAAAUGAAAAGUAUUCAUCUUUUACUCAACGAUAAUUAUACUUGUAGGAAUGGUGCCAACUUAAUGAAACAGUUAAGUCUCACACUGUGCGCGAGUUUGGGAAGAAGAUCAGCUCAGUGCUGCAGACUUGUCUUAAAGAGUAUGAGGAUGAGGUCACAUUUUUUGAUGAAGGUGUGAGAUUAGCGAAGCGCAAGCAGUUGGAAGAGAAGUUGCUGCAGCUUACCUUACCAGCCUACCAAUCUAUGCUGGGACUCUUGCGUUCUAAAACUUUUGAAGCAUUCAAAAAAGAUUUUGAUGAUGCAUUGAAUGGAGGGAACAGCUUUGCUUUGGCUGCUCAAAGCUGCACUGAGGCAUUAAUGGCCAAGUUUGAUAAAGGAUGUGCUGAUGCUGUCAUUGCUCAAGCUAAUUGGGACUCAUCCAAAGUGAGGGACAAGCUCAGACGUGAUAUAGAUACACAUAUUGAUGAAGUCCGUGCUGCUAGGCUGGCUAAACUUACAGCAUCCUAUGAGACAAAACUUAACGGGGCAUUAUCAGGACCUGUUGAGGCAUUAGAUGGAGCUAGAGAUGAUACAUGGCCAAUGAUUCGAGAACUCCUAAGGCGUGAGACUGAAGCUGCAGUAUCUGAUUUUUCUGCAGAGCUUUCUAGAUAUGAGUUGGAUGUUGAAACCAAAGGUAAUAUGCUUUCGAAGUUGAGGGAUCAUGCAAGAGGAAUCGUAGAAACAAAGACCAAAGAAGAAGCUGGGAGGGUUUUGAUCCGUAUGAAAGACAGGUUUACAACAUUAUUUAGCCAUGAUUCUGAUUCAAUGCCCAGAAUUUGGACAGGAAAGGAAGACAUUCGAGCAAUUACCAAAAAUGCCCGUUCAUCUUCUCUCAAGCUUCUCUCAGUUAUGGCUGCUAUCCGUUUGGAUGAAGAAUCAGACAAUAUUGGAAACACUCUUGCCCUUGCUUUAAUUGAUGGCAAAUCAGGCAGUGCUGCAAACAAAAGUGUCACUCCAAGUGAUCCUCUUGCAUCAAACUCUUGGGAUUAGGUUCCUCAAUCAAAAACCUUAAUAACGCUGGUCCAAUGUAAAUCUCUGUGGAGACAAUUUACAACUGAGACAGAGUACACUGUCACCCAAGCUAUUGCCGCACAGGAGGCUAGCAAGAGAAGCAACAACUGGUUACCACCUCCAUGGGCUAUUGUUGCCAUGGUUGUUUUGGGAUUCAAUGAGUUUAUGACCCUCUUGAGGAAUCCAUUGUAUUUGGGUGUCAUUUUUGUUGCUUAUCUGCUAUUUAAAGCACUUUGGGUGCAACUAGACAUCUCUGGUGAAUUUCGCAAUGGCACCCUUCCUGGACUUAUAUCGUUCUCAAGCAAGUUCCUUCCUACCGUGAUGAUCUUCUCAAAAAACUAGCGGAAGGACAAAGUCAAACAAAUGGUAAUUCUCAACACAAUCAUCAUCCAACCCUUUCAUCAAAGAGCUCGAGGAGUUCGGGCAUUGACCAUGGUGAUUUGUCAUCAACAGGUUCGUCCGAGGUCACCUCUGAAAACGGAGAUGAGUCAUCCUCAAGCCCUGCGACUAUUGAUAGGAAAACAAAGUGAAGUCCCCACACACCCGUUUUGUCUUCGCUUUGGCAUACACGUUCAAACUCAUUUGUACUUGGCGGCCUGCCUGGCUCAUUUGUCGUCCCAUGGGAGCACCAUGUGAAGGAUCGCUUAUUUAAUGCCUUCAUUUCUCAUGUAAAUGAAUGAUACAGUGGUGGCGGUGUAGCCUGUUUCACACAACAGAUGCCACCUGACCACACAAACUUAUAAUAUAUGUUCAUGUUUUUUCAGUUUUUUGGUUUGUUAUGUUUCUGUUUUUUUUAGUAAUUCAAAGGCCCCCUUUAUUGUUCUUGUCCUUCUAUUUUGUACUGGCAAGAUUGCAAGAAGCAUUACCAUGUUGUGAUGUUGUCUGUAUUUUUAGAUAUGUAGAUUCUUUGUACUAUUGUUCUCUACUCAAAG